AUGAAUCCAUUGUUCAACAGUAGGAUUAGUUUUGUUCUUGUGGGAUUGAGCUUAAGCUGUUUAAGUAUUGCCCUGGUGGGAGCAUCUGGUCCUUACGUGCCAGCAAUGUACGUGUUUGGAGACUCUUUAGCAGACGCCGGCACCAACAAUUUCAUUCCCCAUUGCACUGCAAGAGCAAACUUUACACCCUAUGGCGUCUCUUAUUUCCCUUAUCCAACUGGUCGCUUCACCAAUGGCCGCACAACCUUUGAUUUCUUAGCUACAUCAUUCUUGGGGCUACCUUACUUCUUGCCUCCAUUUUUAGAACCAAAUUCAAACUUUUCAGUUGGCGUCAAUUUCGCAUCAGGAGGUAGUGGAUUGCUUGACUCAACAGGGGCCACAUUGAAUAUUAUCCCCAUGAGUACCCAAGUUCAGCAAUUCGAGAAUUUCAUGAUGAAGAAACAGACCCAUAAGUAUAUUGGAUCAGAAAACCCCAAAUCUUCCCUGGUUGAGUCCUUAUACUGCAUUUCAAUUGGAGGAAAUGACAUCUUCAACUAUCUGUUGAAUUCUACAUUCCAAAAUACGACGACUCCUGAACAAUUCGUUACUUCGUUGCUGACUAAUUUUAAUUCAUACAUAACGAGGCUUUACCAUGUUGGGGCUAGAAAAUUUCUUGUAUCAGACAUUGCCGCUCUAGGAUGUACUCCAAUUGUCAGACUGUUUCUCGGCAAUGGGGAAUGUUUGGAUUUUGCAAAUCAGUUGGCAAUGCAAUACAACACUGGUCUGAAGUCACUUGUAGAUCAGCUAAAUCAACAAAUGGAUGGAAUGUCCCUUAUUCUACUUAAUUCCUACGAUUUCCUUAUUGACAUGAUUCAGCAUGGCGAAGACUACGGUAAGGCAUACUCAUUACUAUUUUCAUUUCUUUAUUAA